CACCGGCUCCAUACAGCAGAAACAUCGCAUUAUGGCCUCGCGCUGAGCCUCCUGAUGCGACAGUUGUGUACAUACUUAACCGGCAAUCCGUCACCAUCGACGCCUUGAUCAUGGACCUCCGGUCCAGAGGCUUUUUUCGGGGCCAUCGGAGUUGUCAUUUGUACUCCUGAAGUGUUAUAUUAUUUGAUUUUGAGCACCGUCACUUUUGCACGCUCGGGGAUUUAAACCGAAGUGACAGAAGUAGCACUCACCCCAUCUGCCGGUCAGCUAGCUAGCUCGCUAAGUCAAUAGCCAAGAAGGGCAUCACUUUUCUUUUGGAGUAAAGGACACGGAAACUACAACAUAACUACGUCCAGUAACAGCAGACUGACCAGAGGGCGACUCCCCGACUCUCCAACAUACUCAGUAUUGAUUCUUGAAGCUGGCAACACAAGGCCACCCUAAUGCAGAACCAUAAAAGAACGUGAAAUGAACAAACCACCACAGCCUAUAACGGGACCCACGUCUGUCCCAAUCCCUUCCCCUUCCCCUGGAUUGACACAGGCCGCCUAUGGUCCUGGACAGUCCCCCUCCCUCGUUUUUGCCACCCCUCCACCUCCACAAAUGAGCUCUGCACCACAGCCAAGACAGAGUUACUAUCAGAACCGACCAGCCAUGGCUGCGAGUGCUCCAAGGCUACAGACGAGUAGUGGGCCUCGACCUGUUGGACCUACUCAUGUCUACCCAUCCAGCUCCCCGAUGAUGAUGAUAUCCCAGCAGCAGCUCUCUUUUGCUGGCUCCCCUCAGGGCUACUUCAUCCCCCCAGGACAGUACCGGACCCCAUAUAUGCCUUCGACUCAGCAGUAUCCUGUGACCAGCGGUGCAGCGGGCUUCUAUCCGGGAACCAGCCCUGCUGAAUACCCUGCGUAUGCAGGAGCAUACUAUCCAGCUCAGCCGCAGUACUCUCCGUCUGUCCAGACGGCACCGGUCAUGAUCAGCCCUGCCCAACAGCAGCAACAGCAGCAACAACAACAACAACAACAACAGCAGCAGCAGCAGCAACAACAGCAGCAACAACAGCAACAACAGCAGCAGCAACAACAGCAGCAGCAACAGCAACAACAACAACAGCAGCAGCAACAACAGCAGCAGCAGCAAGCCACACCACCUCAGCAACCACUGGCGCAGUCACAAGUGCCACCAAAGAGGGAACGCAAACCGGUAAUAAGGAUACGAGACCCCAACCAGGGAGGGCGUGAUAUCACAGAGGAGAUCAUGUCAGGUGGACGGUCCACCACCACCCCGACUCCCCCACAGGCCACAGCAGAUGUGAGUCUUGCACAGACCAACGGUGAAGUUACACAGCCUGCUACUACAGUGACUAUAAGAGAUGAAAUCACUGAGACCCCUGCAUGCGCUGAAACCCCACCACCUCCCGCCACAGUGAACACAGAGCCUGUGGAGGAGGCCAAACGGGAAACCGACAACCAGAUCACACCGCCUGCCGAGUUAGCCAGACAAUUUCUAGCCGCUCCAGCUGCUGCUGAGGUGCCACCCCCUUUGAUAAAGGAGCUGCAGUCUCCCUCUCCUCCCCCUGCAGCAUCAUCUACGACUGCUGAGGCAGAAAAUACAAUUCAUACUAAAGUUGGUGACACGGUAGACGCUCCGGUUGGCCCCUCAGCAUCAUUAGCAGCACAAGAGGCGCCUGUCAAAAUGGAAGAACCACAGACUGCCCCAGCUACUGCUCCAGCUCCAGUCCCAGCUACAGUUCCAGCUCCAGUCCCAGCUGCAGUUCCAGCUCCAGUCCCAGCUACAGUUCUAGCUCCAGUUCUAGCUUCAGCCCCGGCUCCAGCCCCAGUUCUAGCUCCAGCCCCAGUUCUAGCUCCGGCCCCAGUUCUAGCUCCGGCCCCAGUUCUAGCUUCAGCCCCAGUUCUAGCUCCGGCCCCAGUUCUAGCUCCGGCCCCAGUUCUAGCUUCAGCCCCAGUUCUAGCUCCGGCCCCAGUUCUAGCUCCAGCCCCAGUUCUAGCUCCAGCCCCAGUUCUAGCUCCAACCCCAGUUCUAGCUCCGGCCCCAGUUCUAGCUCCGGCCCCAGUUCUAGCGCCGGCCCCAGUUCUAGCUCCGGCCCCAGUUCUAGCUCCAGCCCCAGUUCUAGCUCCGGCCCCAGUUAUAGCUCCAGCCCCAGUUCUAGCUCCAGCCCCAGUUCUAGCGCCGGCCCCAGUUCUAGCUCCGGCCCCAGUUCUAGCUCCAGCCCCAGUUCUAGCUCCAGCCCCAGUUCUAGCUCCAGCCCCAGUUCUAGCGCCGGCCCCAGUUCUAGCUCCGGCCCCAGUUCUAGCUCCAGCCCCAGUUCUAGCUCCGGCCCCAGUUCUAGCUCCGGCCCCAGUUAUAGCUCCGGCCCCAGCUCCAGCCCCGGCACCAGCUCUAGUCCCAGCUGAGAAGGCAUCCGAAAAGGAAGAAAAGAAACCGGAGGAAGGGAAGAAAUUGGAAAAAGAGGUCCAGGUGGCCAGCGCUGAGUUCGAGCCUGCCGUUAAGGUUGCUCCAACAGUUCUUCCUAAUAACGAGACAAAAGCAGAAACAGCUACAAAGACAGAAACUGAAGUCUCUGCUCCAAAGGCCCCGAACGCCGCCCCUAGCUCUGAACCCGAAGCCACCCCUGAAACCACACCGGCUGAGGUGGCAGAGCCUCUCCUCUCCAAUGGCCUUCCUCAGGACACUGAAGAACUGUCUGAGGAUGUGGCAUUUUUAGAUGCCAAGCCCGUUGUCCAGCCUGAUGCUUCUAAAUCGCAGGAAUCCACACCUGUGGCUAAAACAUCAAUGCCUGCCCAGGAGGAGGAGGAGGAGGAGGAAGAAGAGGAAGAGGAAGAAGAGGUGGUGGAGAAGAAGAAAGAGGAGGAGACGAAGGAGAAAAACGAGGAUGCCCUUCCAGCUUCUGUUAGCUGCCCGAUAGAGGAAUCGACUAUGCAAGCCGCAACGUCUGUGCCAAAGAAGAGGAAGAACAUGAAGGAGAUCAACAAGAAGGAGGCCAUUGGAGACCUCCUGGAUGCCUUCACAGAGGAGCAAGAAGCCAAGCCUGCCCCUGAACCCUCGUCCGCUAAGGCCGACCCCAUCCCCGUCAUCCCACCUGCACCGCCCACUGAGGUUCCAGAUGAGACCUGGGAGGAGAAAGAGGACAAGCAGAACUCGGGACCUAAAGCCACACCUGGGCCAACUGACCAGAAAUACCAGUACAAAGAAGAGAAAUGGAAGCCGAUAGACCCAGAAGACAAGAAGCGGUACGACAGAGAGUUCCUCCUGGGCUUCCAGUUCAACAGUGCCAGUAUGCACAAACCCGAUGGUCUGCCGAUGAUCAGCGACGUGGUCCUGGACCAGGCGAACAAGACUCCAAUGCGGCUCCCUGACCCAGCUCGAGUAAUGAAUAUUGGUCCUGAUUUUACUCCCUCGUAUAUGGGGAACCUUGGGAGCAGAUCGGUGGGAGGUGGAGGAGGAGGUCCUUCCUUUCAGCCGCCUGGCCCACGUCGCUCCCAGCAGGGCCAGAGGAAAGAGCCGAGGAAGAUCAUCCUCAGCACCAUGUCCCACGGCGAAGACGUGCAGCUCAACAAGGCUGAGAAGGCCUGGAAGCCCACGGGGAAGAAGUCCACUCGAGGCCGCGGCGUGGAGGAACCCGAAGCCGAAGACGACGAUCCCGAACAUGCCAAGACUAAAGAGCUGUUCAAGCGUCUGCGAAGUAUCCUCAACAAGCUAACCCCGCAGAAGUUUCAGGAGCUGAUGAAACAAGUGACAGAUCUGACGAUAGACACAGAGGAGAGGCUGAAGGGAGCCAUUGACCUGAUCUUUGAGAAGGCCAUCUCAGAGCCCAACUUCUCUGUGGCCUACGCCAACAUGUGCCGCUGCCUUUUGGGGUUGAAAGUCCCUACCACGGACAAGCCGGGAGUUUUUGUGAACUUCCGCAAACUGCUGCUCAACCGCUGCCAGAAAGAGUUUGAGAAGGACCAGGAUGAUGACGAAAUCUUUGAGAGAAAGCAAAAGGAAUUGGAGGCUGCCAAAGAAGGAGAGGAGCGUGAGCGCUUGCGGGUGGAGCUGCAGAGCUCCAGAGACCAGGCCCGUCGUCGCUCUCUGGGCAAUAUAAAGUUCAUUGGCGAGCUCUUCAAGCUAAAGAUGCUGACGGAGGCCAUCAUGCACGACUGUGUCGUGAAACUACUGAAGAAUCAUGACGAGGAGUCUGUGGAGUGUCUCUGCAGGCUGCUCUCCACAAUUGGGAAAGACCUGGACUUUGAGAAGGCCAAGCCUCGUAUGGAUCAGUAUUUCAACCAGAUGGACAAGAUCAUCAAUGAGAAAAAGACCUCAUCCCGAAUCCGCUUCAUGCUUCAAGACGUCAUCGACCUCAGAAGGUGUACCUGGGUGCCUCGCAGAGGAGAGCAGGGCCCGAAAACAAUCGACCAGAUCCACAAGGAGGCAGAGAUGGAGGAGCACAGGGAACACGUCAAAGUGCAGCAGCAGCUUAUGAACAAGAAAGACGGAGGAGGUGGAGGAGGAGGAGGAGGUGGCGGUAGGAUGGGAGGGAACAUGGGGGGCCGUGGCUCUCACACACCUGGAGGUGGCCGAAAUAGCCAGACUCAUGAUGAGGGUUGGAACAUGGUGCCCAUAUCCAAGAACAGACCGAUCGACACCACCCGCCUCAGCAAGAUCACAAAGCCUGCUUCUCUGGACUUAAACACCACCCUGUUGGCUCCGGGGGGGAAAGGCAUGUGGGGCAGCUGGGGCAAAGGCAGCAGUGGAGGAACGGGAGCAAAGCCAGCAAGUGGAGAGCCAGACUCUGGUCGUCCAGCUACCAGCACCGUCAAUCGCUUCUCAGCCCUGCAGCAGUCCGGUUCAGCGUUGGCUUCUGACUCUGACCGCCGAGCUCCUCAGAGCUCCAGCCGUGAGCGCGGCGGCGAGAGAGAAAAGGGCGAUCGGGAUCGGUUGGAUCGCAGCGAGGGACGCGAAGGUCGCGACGGCAGGAGCACCCCGAACCAAAUCACCAAGAGGAGCUUCAGCAGAGAGUCUCAGGAUCGCGGCGGGAGGGCCAGUGACCUCCGGGCCUCAACUGAGUCUGUGCGUCGCGUGGCCAGCAUGACCGACGAUCGGGACCGAGGAAGCCGCGACCGAGGAAGCCGCGACCGAGGAAGCCGGGUUUCCAGCCGCGCUUCAAGCCGCGCUUCAAGUCGUGUUUCAAGCCGCGUUUCAAGCCGCGACCGAGGAAGCCAGGACCGAGGAAGCCAGGACCGGGCUCCAAGCAAAGAGCUCCCAGUUAAGCGUGAGAGCGCUCCGACUCCCCCACCGUCUCUUCCAAAACCUGCCUUGAGUGAAGAGGAGCUGGAGAAGAAGUCAAACGCCAUCAUUGAGGAAUACCUUCACAUUAAUGACAUCACGGAGGCGUUGCAGUGCGUGACAGAACUCAACAGCGCCUCGCAGCUCUACGUGUUUGUGCGGAAAGGCAUGGAGUCGACGCUUGAGCGCAGCGCCAUUGCUCGAGAGCACGCGGGCACGUUGAUGCACCACCUUUUCAACGCCGGGGUGUUGCCCUCAGAGCAAUACUACAAAGGGCUAGAGGAGACCCUGGAGGCUGCGGAAGACACGGCCAUAGACAUUCCUCACAUCUGGCUCUACCUGGCUGAACUCAUCACCCCCAUGCUCCAUGAGGGAGGCAUCCCUAUGGGACAGAUCUUCAGGGAGAUCUCUAAGCCUCUCGUGCCUGUGGGGCAGGCCGGCGUGCUGCUGGUGCAGAUCCUCAAGUUGCUCUGCAAAGAAAUGACCCCGAAGAAGGUCGGGGCAAUGUGGAGAGAGGGCGGGCUGAAUUGGACUGAGUUCCUGCCCGAGGAUGAAGACGUCAACACGUUUGUCUCUAAGCAGCAAGUGGAGUUCACCACAGGAGACGAGUUGGAGUCAAAGGAAGUUGACGAGAAGGAGGUCCUCACUGAAGAGGAGCUCGGCCAACAGCUGGACCGACUCAUCCAGGACACGGCCAACAACCAGCGCAUCAGAGACUGGGCCGAGGCUCACUUGGACGAGGAGCAAACCGCUUCCAACCAGUUCUUACGAGCAUUGAUGACGUCGGUGUGUCAGUCGGCAAUCAUAUGUGACACCCCAUACAAGGUGGACACGCCGCAGAUCAAGCAGAGGGCCAGCCUGCUCCAGAGGUACCUGUCUGACGAGCAGAAGGAGCUGCAGGCCCUCUACGCCCUGCAGGCUCUGAUGGUGCACAUGGAGCAGCCAGCCAACCUGCUGCGGAUGUUCUUCGACGCCUUGUACGACGAGGACGUCAUCAAAGAGGAGGCCUUCUACAAAUGGGAAACCAGCAAGGACCCUGCGGAGCAAACGGGCAAAGGUGUGGCCUUGAAAUCCGUCACGGCCUUCUUCACCUGGCUCCGCGAGGCCGAGGAGGAGUCGGACAAGGAGUAAAAAGGACUGAACUGAAAGCUGCCGCCCCCCCCUUUAUCGAGGCGGGGGCUCUGCAGGCAGCUGCAGAGAGUCGUGGACUAUAUUGCCAGAGAGGCAGACUCAAAUCAAUCCUCAGUGAGGAUAAAUCUUUAUUAUGUUCUUUUCUUUGAGGGAUGGACUCAGAAAACAAUCAUUUAUUUCUCCCUUCCCUCUCUUGCUUCCUCAUUAUUUCCCCCCCCGCUUGUCACAGCAAGUGUCCUCAUCAAAUAAACUUGAAAACUGAUGCAGCAGGAUUGCUUGUUAACGAGGUGUGAAGUAUCCCACGUCACUACAGAGCUCUUUCUCACAAUAAUACGAACCAACGGGCUGCUUUUCUAGGGUUCCAGAUCAUUCUAAAUGCCUGACCUCUGACCUGCAGGCGUGCGGCCACAGGGCUCGUGGUGGCGCUCCCUGACACGUGGGCGUCGUCACGCCAUAAUGCGUGUUCAAUCCCAACUCGUAUGUCUUUGUCCCUUACUGGAGUGUGCAGCAUGACUGAAGUGUGUUUCUAUUAAUGAUACAGUGGACGAAACGUCGAUAGAAAAAUUUUACAUGAACUAAUCUUAAUUUGAUGGACGGGGUUUUAAAAGCAACGGUUGUCUAUUUUCUCUUCCUUCCCCAUCAUGAAUUUACAGGGGGCAGAAGCGUGGAGGAUUGGUGUUGACCUUUGACCUCGGCCGCUUCGGGGCGGUUCUCGAUGCUUCCUCUCAUCCCCAGUAGUGAACCACACUGACUGACCCUUCAUCUUUACCUCUUCUAUACUUAACCCCUGAGCUGUCGUAGAGGACACUUAAUGACCCAAUCACCGGCAAAACUUGAAAUCUACAGAAAAUUGACUUGAUGAAAAUAUAUAAAGAAGAAAGAAAAAAAACACACACGAAACCAACAGAAAUGAUCCGAAAGCCUUUUCUACUUUAAGUGGAAACUUAUUUCAGGAGCGUUCUGUAAAUAUAUAAUGAGAAAAAAAAAUUUUUUUUCAGUUUUAUUUUUCAGAAACGAUAAAUUGCUGAUGUAAUUGCAGUGUAUACUUUUCCAACAGAAACGUCAGCUGUCCAGAUGCAGAGAGGUGCUUUAGAUAAUCCAUUGAUUAUUAGUUGUGGAAUUUUGUAAAUAAUUUUUUUUUUGCUUUCUUUAUUUAAGAAAUUAUUGCUUCUCUUGCAUCGGAAACUGGAAAGAUGAGGUGAUGGAGCAUCGCAAAUAAAGGAUUAAGUUGCCGAGCAGAGUUUUGCAUAAUGUGUCGGAUGAUGAUUUUAAUGGUUGUGUGUGUGCUUCUGGUUAUUAGGGUGAACACUGAGCACAGGAGGUGGAAUGGGAACAUGUUCAGCACUUUUACUGGAUUAAUACUUUUAAAUAGUAAUUUCUUAUAAAAUAUAGUGUGAUUAAUUGACUCACAAUGUCAGCGUUAUUAAUUUCCCUGGUGCUCCCGAUCCGAUUCAGCACUGUUGACUUGGUACGUGGCAUUUAUUUUGUAAUAUGCGCCUCCAUGUAAAUUAAAUAGAAAUUAAACAAUCUUGAAAUGAUA